AUUUUAACGAAUUACUGGCAGGAUAUAGCCCAGUGCCUGGAGAGCUGCUUAUUCUUUGCAUGAGGAAGAGAAAGAACUUUCUGGGGCAUCAGAAGAUAUUUUAAGAGGUUGCUGUUAUGACAUCUAACAACGCAAUGACAUCUAACGACACAAGGACAUCUAAUGAGACAAUCGCAUUGUUAUAUUUACAAGAUACAGUCUCUUUUAAUGAACGUCAAGUUCCAGACUCUGUCAUACAUUAUACAAUAGCAGCUGCUGUUGCCAUGGGUCUCUCCCUUAUUGGAAUAGUGGGAAAUAUAAUAGUGUGCUGGUUCCUUUUCUUCAGGAUUCAGAGGAACAAAUACACUGUUUACAUUAUGAACUUAGCUGUAGCUGACUUGAUGUUACUUACAGUAACUGCUGUGUUAAUGAUGGUCAAUAUAAACACAUUAGUUGGUAGCAAUCCUGAUUUUAAAGGCAAUGAGGAAUUUAUUACUUUCUUAGAAAUCAUUUAUGAUCUUUCUUCAUAUUCUGGAAUGUACUUUCUAACAGCUAUCAGUAUGGAGAGAUGCAUUUCUGUGCUUUUUCCUCUUUGGUAUCGUAAUUAUCGCCCAAAGACACUAUCAGUAAUAAUGUGUGUUUGCCUUUGGAUGCUUGGAUGCACAGAAAGUCUCAUUGAAAACUUAACAUGCCCCAACGAACUUUUUAGGCGUCAGACACCAGUUUGUACAGGAGUAGAGAUUAUGACAUUCACUAUGAGCAUUUGCAUCUGUCUACCACUAAUGAUCCUUUCUAGUGUCACUCUUCUGAUUGCUAUAAAGAAGAUCUUCAGGGACCGAUACCCACCAAGACUUUAUAUCAUCAUUAUUGCUGCCGUCUUUAUUUUCAUCUUGUCAGUGAUACCAUUCAACUUCCUCUGGUUUCUACUGUACUUCAGACGUUUACCUUCAAUACAAGAUAUUCUUGGCCUAUACUUUGCCAGUAUAAUAAGUGCAGCUCUCAGUUCUACUGCCAAUCCAUAUAUUUACUUUAUUGUUGGAAGAGUGUGGAAACAGAAAUCCAAUAAUUCAAUUCAUGAUGCUCUUCAUAGAGCCUUUAAGGCAGAAGAGGAUGAAAAGGAAGAUCUAAAAUGUGAAAAAGAAAAGACUUCAUCUAACACUGGUGAAACAAACAGCACUUCCUGUAACAGUGAUAAAACACAGAGUUCAAAUGACACCAAUAAGGAAAAUAUCUUGUGAGCAUGUGCUAUUAAGGUUUUUAAACCCUGGACAUAGAAACAUUAGUAUACUUCCCACUGGAUGGUUUAUGUUAUAUAAAUGCUACAGAAAUGUACAGGAAAACCAAACAUUAAACAAAUAAUGUGGAAUAUCAUGAGAGAGGAUGAACUAUUAACAAACCUUUUAAGUGAAUUUGAAGAAUCUGAAUAAAAUUAAAAUUGAAUUCCUAUUUUUUUUUUUAUAAAUCAACCAUUAUCAUAACAUUCUUUUUGUGUAAGUGCAUAAGAGCUGUUGUACGAUGUUAUCAGGCAGAACAAAAAAAGUAUACAUUCAUGUGUUUAAAGUCAUAUAAUUAGGCUUAUAUACAUACAAGGCAGAAAUUAUGGAUCAAUUUGGUGCAAAUGUGAAGAAGUGUGGCCUACAUACAUCAGUUCAUCAAAUCAGCAGGAAGGUCGAAUUGAAAUUUGGAUAGAAAUAAAAGCAAAAACUACAGUCCACCCUUGUCAGAUUCUUCUGCUCACCUUGAACAUCUGGAAGUUGUUAUACUUAUUCCAUGCAGUAGUGUAAGACUGAAGAAGAGACUUUCAAUAUCUCCGUUCCUAGAGGAGGGUUGCUGCUGAGAUAUUAGGAAUAUUUUUUCCUACACAUUUGGCCCAGCAGAUGUACAUUAUGGUUAUGUUUGUGAGAUAAAGAGAUACAUAUGUUUACAAAGCAAGCAGGGGGCACUGCUUCAAAGAGGCAAGUAGAGAAACAGGCCUCAGACAUUAUGCCCCACGAGUUAGAAAGCCGGAAUCUCUGGUUCAAAGGUUCUGGUGGCUCCAGGGUUCCCUUUUGUCAAUAGGUGAAGAAGCACCUGGUUUGGAAAAAGGGAAAGAAAGAGAAAGGCAGCAAUGGCAAGCACAACUAUACGGAAGUGCAAGGAUUGCAUUUUGACACUAGUUACUUUGAUAAAUAGGGUUUUCCACACAACUGACCGUAGGGAAAUUUGCAUAAAUGCAACUGUUCGUGUGCACUAUAGUAUGCCAGAAGCCUAAAAAUGAAUGCUUUUGUUUCCAAGCUGAUAUCUACUCCAAUUGUGGCCUGACAUAUGAAUGGCAUGCCUGUCAAUGCACACUGAACAUAUGGUGGAAAAAGUACACAGCCUUUUCUCCACUGUACAGACACAUGAGGGGGUCAUUUAAAAACACUGGGCAAAUUUGAACCUGGGCAGUAACCCAUAGCAACCAGUGAUAAGAUACUUUAUCAGCCAAUGCAAAGAUCCAUGUGCCAUUAGCCUAAGGCAGUGCUGU